CAAACCAGCAUCCUUCAUCUGGUGUACUUAAGGAUAGAAGCCUCUGCCUUCAGUGCACAGGCGAGAGGCUCGGAGAGAUAGUCAAGCCCAAGGAUCCCUGAUAACUUCUAAAAGACCGGUGUUAAGAUGCUGCCAGCAACUUUCAAGCUGUGCGCCGGCAUCUCCUACAGACACCUGCACAACAUGACAGGCUUGAAAAAACGUGCCGCCAUCACCAUUGUGCAGGAGCUGAACAAAUUAGCCUUUUCGCAACCUGGCCCCACCAAGUGGAUCAACCAGGUCCGCAGAAGGAGUUCUCUGUUGAGUUCUAGGCUGGAAGAGAAUCCCUUCAGUGACACAGAGAUGUCCUACAUUAAGCAAGGCCAGGAGGCCCUUCAGAAGUCCCUGAAAAUCCUUGAAGGACAGGAUGGCUGGAAAACAGAGACCGUCCUGGGCAAUGGUGAUAAAGUCCUAAGCAAAGUACUCCCAGAUGUGGGAAAGGUAUUUCGCCUUGAGGUGGUCGUCAAUCAACCCCUGGACUGUGUCUAUGGUGAGCUGGUGGAAAGGAUGGAGCAGAUGGGGGACUGGAACCCAAACAUCAAGGAAAUCAAGAUUCUGCAGAAAAUCGGGAAGGAUACUGUGAUCACGCAUGAAACUUCAGCUCCAACCCCCGGUAACAUAGUUGGCCCACGGGACUUUGUGAGCGUCCGCUGCGCCCAGAGACGGGGCUCCACAUGCGUUCUAGCUGGCAUGUCCACCAACUAUGCAGCAAUGCCCGAGCAAAAAGGCGUCAUCAGAGGCGAAAAUGGUCCCACGUGUAUGAUCCUUCGGCCACUCGCUGGAGAUCCCUACCAGACCAAAUUAACCUGGCUUCUCAGCAUUGACUUGAAGGGAUGGCUGCCAAAGACGAUAAUCAACCAAGUCCUUUCCCAGACGCAGGUGGAUUUUGCCAACCAUCUUCGCAACCAUUUGACUAGCCAUUCUGCCUCUGCACAGGCUGUAUCCUGUUGAAGCAAGUCAAACUUUUAUGCCUCCCAUUCCUUCCGGAUGAUGACUUCCAACUCAAAGACCACUCAUGUUGGCAUCUUUCUUGAGCAGUUGAAGCCCACUGCUCUAGAAACAUGGCACAAUAAUAUUUUCUGAUGGGGGCAGAUUGCCUGUAGGCUUCUUGAAGUACAUACUGACAAGUGGGAUCUUGUAUCUUCCCAGACAAUUGAGCAGUAGAUAUACUGAGCCUAGUUGCUUGCUCCGUAGAUCCUUUUACACUGAGAACAUAGUGGGAUGGUUGUCCUUUGGGUACACUUGAAGGAAAGAGAAAUAGGUUAUAUUUGGCUUCAGUUCAUCCAGAGGUUCAAAGCUCAGUGGAGAUUUGAACCAAAGCCUCCGAAGUGUCUAAUUCAAAUAGUACUCAAUUGACUGAUGCAUUUGUAUGUUGCACCAUCUUGUAUCUGGGAUAUUCUGGUAUUCAGGGUUGGUGAGGAACCAUAGCUUAAUGCUUUGCAUAGAGAAUUUCCCAAGCUGAGAUCCUAGCAUUACCAAUCCAAGUAGAAUCAUAUCAGGCAGUGAAAGGGGUUUUUUACCUGAGAAUACAGGGAGGUAUUGCUGAUAAUUGAAGGCUGGAUAGAACCUGAUCUGUUCUAUUGUUUGGCUUUAGAUGUUCCACAGGGCACCUUCCCCAUUCCCAUGCUUAUUUGGUCAUAUUAUGUCAUGAAAAAAACAACCCUAAAAUCCCUUCUUCCUGAGGAUACCUAUGGACCUGCAUCGCAGGGGGUUCAACUGGAUGGCCCUUAUGGUCUCUUUCAAUUCUGAUUCUACCUCCUGUCAUUGUCUCUGGCCAUUGCUUCGGCUUCUCAGCAUCCCAAAUUCCAACUAGCUCCCAGAGGAAACUGACAGUCUAGUUAUUGCUUUUUUCUUAUUUCUCUUUCCGCUUGUUUGCUUGCAGAUGGCAGGAAAUAAGUAGGCUCAGGAAGAAAGAAACACCAAAUAUUGAGUGCCCCCCACCCUACCCUGAAGCAUGGAAGCUCCCCUCUUAUGUGGAAUCACGGUGACUCUCCAAAUAUGUGGAACUCCCAUUCUCAUUGACCCUUGCCAAUCUGCCCAGUGGUGAGACAUGAUGGGAAUGGUAGUUCAUCAAAAUCUACAGGGCCAAAUGAUCCCCUUGCCUUGUCUAGAAAUUACUUUUUUAUGGAUCUAUGGGGAAAUAUUGGGGCCCGUUCGCCCUACACAAUUAUAGUGCUUUGCUUCCACUUCAACUGGAAUCCUGUGACUUACAGUUUAGGGAGGAGCAUUUAACAUUUAAGGAGCCCCGGUGGCGAAGUGUGUUAAAGCAUUGAGCUGCUGAACUACCAGACUGAAAGGUCCCAGGUUCAAAUCCGGGGAGCGGAGUGAGAGCCCGCUGUUAGCUCCAGCUUCUGCCAACCUAGCAGUUCGAAAACAUGCAAAUGUGAGUAGAUCAAUAGGUACCACUCCGGCGAGAAGGUAAUGGCGGUCCAUGCAGUCAUGCCAGCCACAUGACCUUGGAGGUGUCUAUGGACAACGUUGGCUCUUCGGCUUAGAAAUGGAGAUGAGCACCAAGCCCCAGAGUCAGACAUGACUGGACUUAAGGUCAGGGGAAACCUUUACCUUUAUUUAACAUUUCCAUCCACCUGAACAUUAGGAAGAACUACUUCACUGUGAGAGUUUUUUGGAAGUGGAGCACUCGACCUCGGAGUGCAAUGGAGGCUCAUUCCUUGGAGGCUUUUAUGCAGAGGCAUGAUGGCCGUCUGUCGGGGGUGAUUUGAAUGCGAUUUUCCUGCUUCUUGGCAGGGGGUUGGACAGGAUGGCCCAUGAGGUCUCUUCCAACUCUGAUUCUAUGAUUCUAUGUGUGCUACAAAUACCAGGAUUGCACCUGUGGGCCCUUCCGCACAGCCAUAUAACCCAGAAUAUCAAGGCAGAAAGUACCACAAUAUCUGUUUUGAACUGAAAUAUAUGGCAAUGUGGGAAAAUGUGGGAUUUUCUGCCUUGAUAUUCUGGAUUAUAUGGCUGUGUGGAAGGGCACUGAGUUAGCAUGACAGUAAAAGUGGAAUAUAAGACUAUAUUUGCAAAGUGAGAGUGAGUCCCCAGUAGCUACACAUGAUCCUUGAGAUGUGAUCUUACCACUCCUUAUUGUUUUGGCCACAAAGGUACAAUCAUGCUUUGAAGAGGUUUAGAAAGAAAAAUGUGUCACUCAUGGAACUGUAAUAUCCUGUUUGUAAAAAACAAACAAACAAAAAACAACCCUCUGGUCCUGCCCAUUAAAAGUCGAGCAGUUCCCCAAGUCAACAACUAGCAGCUCAAAAUUCAACCACUUAAAACCCAGUAAACUCACCUUGCGAAUCUAAUCUUUCAUCCUGAGGCAAUUGAGGAAUUGGCAUCUUAUCCCUGUUGUCCCUUGAUAUUUAUUUCAGUAUUAUUAUUAGUAUUUCACACUACCUGAAUCCUUGAAGGUAUGCCACGACGCAUAGUCGUCUCUAAAAAUCAAUGUAUUUAUUAUUAUUUUCCUGUGGGCGUAGCUAAACCAUGCAUUAUUUAGUAUUUUAUUCAAUGUAUUUAUUGAUUUUUAGUACUAACAAUCUAAUUUACAAUCAAAAUAAAUAUACAUUCAAAAGAUUAAGAAAUGGAGACAAGGGGGAAAAGGUGAAGACAAAAAGACACAUUACUAAGAGAGAAUAGGGCUCUGGCCCAACAAUGCUUAACUAUAAUGAAAAGAAAAAUAUUUUAUAUUAAUUUCUUCUGGUAUCAGAUUUCAAGAGUUGAUUUUUUUUCCUAGCAGCUUUCUUCACUGUCCAACUUCCACAAUAAUAUGUAGAAGUGGGAAAUAUGAUGGCAUGUAUCAGCCAAAUUUUAUUCUUCAACUAUUUACCUUUAUGUUCCAGGAGCUUGCCUAGUUCCUUCAUAGUUACCCUUCCAGGUACUAGUUUACUUCCAGUUUAUUUCAAUACAGAAGGAUAAAUUUAACUUUCCCCAUUUUUCUAAGUCAUUUUUUAUUCCUUUCCAGAUUUUUUGUAGUUGUUUUGAAUUGAUAAGCAAUUUUUCUUUGUGAUUGUGAGUCACAAAUAUUUAAUCCCCUUUAUUUCUACUUGGAGUUUGGAAGAGCAGUCAAUUCACUGUCCUUCUAAGGCAAGCUAAAUUGCAUUUCUAGUUGAACAUGUUGCAUUGCCAUUUACUGAUACCCAAGCUAUUUGAACUGAAUAUUAACUUGAACUGAUAAAAAGAUAUUAUUCAGGCAACAAAGACAAAGUCAAUUAUCUUCAAUACUUAAAAUACGUAAUUCCAAGAAACGUUAUCCAAUGCUUUCUCUGCAUCUAAAAAAACUAAAGCAGCUUUUUUUGUCAUUGAGAGGUUCGAAAAAACCAGUAAUGUUAAGAGUAGUUCUUACAUUGCAUUUAUGAUGUUCAUUUGUUUUAAUCGUAUCAGAAGCAAUUUGAGAACAUACUGAAAGUCACUUCUGAUGUGAGAGAAUUGACUGUCUACAGAGACGUUGCCCAGGGGAUGCCCGGAUGUGUUGCCAUCCUGCUGGGAGGCUUCUCUCAUGUCCCCGCAAGCUAGAGCUGACAGAUGGGAGCUCACCCUGUUUCACAGAUUCAAACUGGCAACCUUCACGUCAACAGUCCAGCCGGCACAAGGUUUUAACUCAUUGCACCACUGCAGCUCCUUUUCAUGAUAGCCAGGUAUCUCAGAAGCAAAAUCCUUCAAUUUUGCCUACUUGUUUCCUUCAGUUAAAACACUGUAAAUCAUGCAAUGUAAAGUUUUAUUUCAAGUUAUGUGACAAAAAAUAUUUUUUACAAUCCAAGGUGUCUUUGCAACUGACAGAUGCAGAAAACAGUCUUAAGUUUCAGAAAGAGGUGGUUUUGCAAUUUCAACUUUGUCAAUCUACACUUCUGAAAAUAAAAAAUGGAAACAAAGUGAUUUAAA